AGGAGAAAGAGCAGAGCUUCUGUCAGCGUGGUCCGAUUCUGAUUUCAGCCACACUCAGCUUUGUGACUCUGUUAAUCCUUACGUUUUAAAGGCUGACCUUCAUCGUCUUUAGUUUAUUUUGUGGUUGGGUUUUUUUUUUCUUUUUGAGUGUUUGUUUUCUGGAAACGUUACCAUCAUGUCGACGGCUGUGGAAGCGACCGGGUUCAUCAUGUGCAUCCUGGGUUGGAUCCUGACAGGAGCAGCGCUGGUAAAUGACUACUGGAAGAUUUCAACCGUCUCAGGCAGCGUCAUCAUCUCCCAGAGGCAAUUUGAAAACUUGUGGCACUCCUGCGCCGAGAACAGCGCUGGCAUCGCAGAAUGUCGAGACUUCGAGUCCAUGCUGGCCCUCCCAGCUUACGUUCAGGCAGAUCGUGCUCUCAUGAUCAUCUCUCUGCUGCUCGGCCUCGGCUGCAUGAUCGUGUCUCUGCUCGGCCUGAAGUGCAUCAAGAUCGGCUCGUCCACCGACCAAUCCAAGGCCAAGCUUGCUGUUACCGGAGGCAUCAUGAGCAUCCUUGGUGGUCUGUGCUGCAUGAUUGCCGUCUCCUGGUACGCCUAUCAGGUCGUGGAAGACUUCAACAACCCGUUCUUUGGUGGGGUGAGGUUUGAGCUGGGUACUGGUCUCUAUUUGGGAUGGGGUGCUGCCAGUCUGUCCAUGCUGGGUGGGGGUCUCCUCUGCACUGCCCUCAGGAGGUCAUCUGCUGGAAGACAAGGUUUUUAUGGAGGCAAGCCAGCAAAAGUCUACACAGCUACAGCCAAGUCGGAUCCAGAUGGCAGAGCCUACGUCUAAACAAACCUGGUCAAACUUUCUGUUUUUAGGAAACUUCUUUAUUUUUGCUUACAUUCAAUUUCUUCCGAAGUUUCACCCCGACUUUCUCCAUGUCAUCAUUUAUGUAGUGACAUAAAUAAAAGAAGAAAAAAAAAGUUUAACCCCAAUUUGUGGGACCCUAUGUUUUCAAACUGUUUUAAGUACAGCCCCCAUCAUGUCAGCAUAAGUACUUAAAUGGCUCUGUGACCGAUGUUUAGCAAGCCAAAGGCAUGUAGUUCUUUUUCUGUCCUUUUGAAAUGUUUGUGUAUUUUUUAAAGACUUUGUGAGGGGAAAUCUUUAAUAUAAAUCACAGGAAUAAUAUAAAAAAAGACCUGAAGAUGAUUGUGAAUGAUUUAUGAGAAUAAAGUUUGU